CUCACCUUUCCGCCUCUCCCCACAUCACAACAACACUCUUCCCACCCAGCCCACUCAAACUUCCCCAACAACUGUAACAACAUCCCCGCCACAAAUCACUUCCGUACAUUUCUUUAUAACCAGCAAGAUGUCUGUCGUUUCUCUCCUCGGCGUCGAGGUCAGGAACAACCCCGCGCCCUUCAACGCGCCGUAUGAGUUUGAAAUCACUUUUGAGUGCCUUGAGCAGCUGCAGAAAGAUCUCGAGUGGAAGCUCACCUACGUCGGCUCCGCAACCUCGAGCGAAUACGACCAAGAGCUCGACUCCGUCCUCGUCGGCCCCGUUCCCGUCGGCAUCAACAAGUUCCUCUUCUGCGCCGACGCGCCCGACCUCUCCCGCAUCCCUAACAGCGAAAUCAUCGGCGUCACCGUCAUCCUUCUCAGCGCCUCAUACGAAGACCGCGAGUUCGUCCGCGUGGGCUACUACGUCAACAACGAGUAUGAAGAUGAGGCGCUGCAGCUGGAGCCCCCGGCGAAGCCCAUCAUCGAGAAGGUGAGGCGGCAUAUCCUUGCGGAGAAGCCGAGGGUUACACGGUUUGCUAUCAAAUGGGAUUCGGAAGAAUCCGCGCCGCCAGAGUUCCCACCCGAGCAGCCGGAAGCCGACCUCAUCGCCGAUGGGGACCAGUAUGGCGCUGAUGAGGAGGAGGAGGAAGACGAGGAGGAAGAAGAGGGUGCAGCUGCCGGUGGCGAGGAUGCCGAGAUGGCAGGCGGCGAAGACACCGCCGGCCCCGCCGCAGACGAAGAUGAAGAGGCCGGCAGCGAGGAAAUCGACAUCGAGGAGAGCGAAGGUGAGGACGAGGAAGAGGAGGAAGGCGUAGAGGGUGGUGAUGACGACAUGGAGAUGGACGAGUCGGAGCCUGGUGCAAAUGGCGAGCAACAGAACGCGCAGCAGGCGGCGCAGCAGCAACAAGGUGCCCAUAACGCAGAUGUUAUGGUGCAUUAAGCUUGUCUGCCUUGUUGCUGAACACUGAUGGAUACCUCGCCGCCCUAAUUGCGACUAUGGCGUCUGUUGUUCGCUGUCUUUGUUACCGGAGGCACUACGUGUGCGACUCUGAGGCACCAUCUGGAUGGGUUCUUCCCCACUGCUCACCAGUGUUGAGCGUCGCAGCUGUUUCACGUACGCAGCUCCGAGAGAUCGGCAAUAGUUCUCACGGUGGGAGAACCAAAACUUUUGAUGGAUACCUUUCGCCUGCGGUGCGAAUUGCUUCGUGUUUUUCAUGGCAUGUUAUGAUGGUUAUGGCCGGGCGUUUUGCUUGCAUAUUUGCACUGCGAUGAAAUGAGAGAGAUGAUAUUCCCAACCCCCUACUUAUAGACCAUUGCUUCGAACAGUUGAAUCUCUUUCUGCUCGUCUCGUCCAUGCAUCUCAAACGAAAACAAAUCAGAUUCCCAUUACCAUUCCUAU